AUGCAACAAUUAAAAGAUGAGCUAGAACAAGUUCGAGAUGAUUUAGAUAGAUCAAAAAAAGAUUUAGAUAAAGAACGUCGUGGCAGAGAAGCUGCUGAAGCAGAAGUUAGUCAGUUGGCUCGAAAAUUACAUUCACUUGAAGAGCAACUAGAAAAUACAGAAGGAAAAUUGACUCAAAUAACGAACAAAUUAGAUGAAACAUCACAUACCGCCGAUGAACGAGAAAGAUCAAGAAAAAUGCUUGAAAAUCAACUUAAUCUUGGCAGUGAUCGAACAGAAACGCUCGAAAUACAACUGAAAGAAUCAAGAGAUUUGGCAACAGAAUCAGAUAAGAAAUACGACGAAGUAGCGCGAAAAUUAUUAAUACAUGAAAAUGAAUUAGAAAGAGCUGAAGAACGUGCAAAUCGUUCAGAAACAAAAUGUUUAGAAUUAGAGUUAGAGUUAAAAAAUCUUCAUCAUCAAUUAAAAUCAUUUUUAGCUCGUAUCGAAGAUUCACAAAACAAAGAACAAGCAUACGAAGAUCAAGUUCGCCGAUUAUCACAACAUUUGAAAGACGCUGAAACACGUGCAGAGUAUUCAAGUAAACAAGUGCAGAAACUGCAACGUGAAGUUGAUACAUUAGAAGAAGAAUUAUCGUCUGAACGUGAUAAAUGUAAAACAUUACAAAAUGAAAUGGAACGAUGUUUUUCUGAUUUGCAAUUAUUAUAA